AUUUGCUCCUGCUCCAGUACAGGAACGACUCAGCUGCAUGGCCAGGAAUAACUCCAUCUAUGUGGUUGCAAACAUUGGGGACAAGAAGUCGUGUAACUCCAGUGAUCCCAGCUGCCCCAGUGACGGUCGCUAUCAGUACAAUACCGACGUCGUCUUUGACCCGGAGGGGAAACUUGUGGCUCGUUACCACAAGUAUAAUCUCUUUGUGUCAGAAGAUCAGUUUAAUUACCCAAAAAAGCCAGAAGCAAUCACCUUUGAGACUCCCUUUGGGAAGUUUGGCAUUUUCACUUGCUUCGACAUCCUUUUCCGUGAGCCUGCCGUGGUCCUAGUGAGCGAGCUGCAGGUGGACACCGUGCUCUUCCCAACGGCUUGGAUGAAUGUCCUGCCCUUUCUGACUGCAGUUGAGUUUCACUCUGCCUGGGCAAUGGGCAUGGGUGUCAAUUUCCUAGCUGCCAAUACACACCACACCAACAUGUCUAUGACAGGGAGUGGUAUUUAUGCACCAGACGGAGCCAGAACGUACUACUACAAUAUGAAAACUGAGGACGGUCACCUCCUUGUUGCCAAACUAGAUUCACACCCUCGCCUUUCUCCUGCCUUCCUGCCUGCUGUCAACUGGAGCUUAUAUGCUUCGAAUGUCGAAAGGUUCUCACCGAAUGAUGAUGAUUUUAGAGGAUACAUCUUCCAUGACCAGUUCACUUUCACUGAGCUCACUAAGCCUGAGGGGAAUCUCACCAUUUGCCAGAAAGACCUUUGCUGUCACUUGAGCUACAAGAUGGCAGGGAAACAAGAAGAUGAAGUUUAUGUCCUAGGUGCUUUUGAUGGGCUUCACGUUGUUGAAGGACAAUAUUAUCUCCAGAUCUGCACGCUGCUCAAGUGCAAGAGCACAGACCUGAACACGUGUGGGCAGCCGGUGGAGACGGCGCAGACCAAGUUUGAGAUGUUCUCCCUCAGUGGCACGUUUGGCACCAACUGCGUCUUUCCAGAAGUCUUGUACAGUGGGGUGCAGCUGGCCCCCGGGGAGUUUGAGGUAUUGAGUGAUGGGCGCCUGAUAAGUAAGACAAGACCAACAAAACCAGUUGUCACUGUGACGCUUUUUGGACGAUGGUAUGAAAGAGACCCACAACCACCAGCCUUCCCAUGA